UAUCGCAAAAUUCUUGUGGACAAGCAUAAGAACAUGAUAUGGCAGAUAUAUAAAUGUAAAGUAAGUAUCGAAACGCAUAAGAUUAUUUCAUAAUCUCACAAAGGUAACAUUUUCAAAAUGUUCCGGGUAGUGAUUUUAGCCGCUGUGGUCGCAGUGAUCUCCUCACUACCCGCUCACAACCUACCAGAUCCUGCAGACCUAGCCUUAUAUCUGAAUGAAGACGAAUUUGACGACUAUUUAGAUAAAUGGCUUGCAGUGGAACAAGAAUCGUGGGUCAAUAGCACUGCUGGUGUUCCUCGAAAUGCUUGCUCAUUACGUGUCAACGGUGAUUUCGGUCAACCUCAGCCAGUAUUCAUCAGACAAAACACAAACUCAUAUCUCUUCCCAAAUGGAAACUCCGGCGCAGUGACUCUAAGCUCUGGAGAGCGAGUGAUUGUCUCUUGUACCGGUUCUGGACGAACCAUCCUACAUCCCAACAUCCAAGCUAGUGUCCACACAGCUACUGCACAAUGUGUCAAUAGCAACCUUGUUUCUGGAUCCGGGUGGUUGAAUGGUAACCGUGAGUUUGGUCGCCUCACCUGCAAUUCGCAUUCUUAUCAUCAAGCGCAAGAAACUAACGAGCGAUGCUUCAACAACAACGUAGUUAUCCGCGUCGGUUUCGUAGUCAACAAUGUCUUCCACACGCUUUACCGAUCAUGCUUUGACAAAACCCGUUUGGAAGUCUUAUACGUAUGGUAUGACCAAAAUCCUACAUAUGCAGUUCAUCAAACCGGUGUUGACAGACCAAGUUGGUUAGCUGGUAGUUUCUUCCCUGGAGUAGCUAUAAACAAUUUGUACACCCAAGUGCAACAAAAGCUAGCGAUCGCCAGGGUAGUUGGUGACAGAUUGGCAGACCAGUACGUUACAUCCCACCAGUUCUUAGCUCGAGGACAUCUUAUUGCUAAAAGUGACCAAGUGUUCGCGACCGGUCAGAGAGCCACAUUCUACUUCAUCAACGCUAUUCCACAGUGGCAGCCAUUCAAUGCUGGUAACUGGAACUCACUUGAACAAAAUCUCAGAGCCCGUAUCGGCGCAGCUGGCUACAACUGCAUUAUUUACACUGGCGCUUUCGGAGUAACUCAACUGCGUAAUGCGAAUGGACAGUUUGUGGACAUCUUCCUUGAUAAUACCAACAACAACCGAAGAUUGCCAGUUCCUCUGUACAUGUACAAGGUUGCAUACGACCCAGCCAGACGCAUUGGAACAGCAUUCAUCAGUAUCAACAACCCCCACUACACGGCGGCUGAGGCGCGCGCUCUGCAGUUCUGCACGGACCGUUGCCGCAACAACUCCGCUUUCAGCUGGCUCCGCUGGCAACCAGACCGCAUCGACCUUGGCUACAGCUUCUGCUGUACCGUCGACGACCUCAGGAGAAGAAUUGGACAUCUACCUUCUUUCACCGUCAACGGGCUCCUAUCCGUUGCCGUUUCUGUGGUAACUGCACUACCAGCAAAGUUACCAAAUCCUGCAGAGCUAGCUUUGUAUCUAAACGAAGAAGAGUUUGAAGAUUAUUUAGAUAAAUGGCUUGCUGUCCAACAGAUAACCUGGACUAAUAACACUGCUAGGGACGCUCGAAGUGGUUGUACCCUAAAUGUGAAUGGAGAUUUUGGGCAACCUCAGCCUGUGUUCCUCCGGCAAAACACAAAUUCAUAUUUAUUACCCACUGGCAAUUCUGGUCAAGUAACUUUGAAUUCGGGAGAGCAAAUUACUGUAGCUUGCACUGGUAGCGGCCGGACGAUACAACAUCCAAAUAUCCUAACUAGUGUAGCUACAGCUACUGCACAAUGCGUUAACAGUAAUCUGGUGUCUGGAUCCAGUUGGUUAAAUGGUAACCGCGAGUUUGGGCUGCUGACAUGUAGCUCUCACGCUUAUCAUGAAGCCCAAGAAACAAAUGAACGAUGCUUUAACAAUAAUGUCGUUAUUCAGGUUGGUUUCACAGUGAAUAAUGUCUUUUAUCCGUUGUACCGAUCCUGCUUUGAUAAAAAUCGAUUUGAGGUAUUGUACGUAUGGUACGAGCAAAAUCCGUCGUAUGCUGUUCACCAGACUGGAGUGGAUAGACCAAGUUGGUUAGCUGGUAAUUUCUUUCCUGGAGUAACAAUAAACAGUCUCUACACCCAAGUGCAACAAAAACAGGCUAUCACGAGGGCUGUAGGACAUACACUGGCAGACCAGUACGUUACUUCUACACAGUUCUUGGCUCGAGGACAUCUUAUUGCUAAGAGCGACCAAAUUUUCGCGACCGGUCAGAGAGCAACAUUCUACUUCAUCAACGCUGUUCCACAGUGGCAGCCAUUCAAUGCUGGCAAUUGGAACACACUUGAACAAGCUCUAAGAAGUCGUAUUGGUGUGGCUGGCUACGAUUGCGUUAUUUACACUGGUGCAUUUGGAGUAACCCAACUACGCGAUUCGAAUGGACGAUUUGUAGAUAUUUACCUCGAUAACACCGAUAAUAAUGAAAGAUUACCAGUUCCACUAUAUAUGUACAAGGUCGCGUACGAUGAAUCUCGACGAAUAGGCACCGCAUUCAUCAGUAUCAACAACCCCCACUACACGGCGGCCGAAGCACGCGCUCUGCAGUUCUGCACGGACCGUUGCCGCAACAACGCUGCUUUUAACUGGCUCAGCUGGCAACCAGACCGCGUUGACAUUGGAUACAGCUUCUGUUGCACUAUCGAUGACUUCACAAGACGGAUCUCCCACCUACCAUCCAUGACCGUUAACGGCUUACCCGUUUCUGCUCUACCAGCAGAGCUUCCUCAUCCCAGUGAUUUAGCUGAUGUAUUAAGUGAGGAUGCAUUUGAGGACUACCUGGAUAAGUGGCUUGAACUAGAAGAACAAAGAUGGCUUAAUGAUACAAAUAUAUUCAAUAGCCCUAGUGCCCGAAGUGCUGGCGGUUUCUUCCCGGGUAUCGACAUUAACAACAUCUACACUCAGAAUAGCCAAAAGCAGGCUAUUGCUAGAGUAGUCGGUAAUAACUUGGCGAAUAGAUACGUGACAAAUACCCAGUUCCUCGCUCGUGGACACUUAAUAGCCAAAAGUGACCAAGUAUUCGCCACUGGACAGCGUGCAACAUUCUACUUCAUUAAUGCUGCUCCUCAAUGGCAACCAUUUAACGCAGGCAACUGGAACAAUCUUGAACAAGAUCUCCGUGCCCGUAUUGGAGCUGCUGGUUACAACUGUAUGAUUUACACCGGCACCUUUGGCGUGGCCCAACUUCGUGAUGCAUCUGGCCGUUUCGUUGACAUUUACCUCGAUAACACAAAUAACCGCCGCCGUGUCCCUGUGCCGCUUUACUUCUACAAGGUCGCUUACGACUCAUCCAGGCGUUUGGGAACAGCAUUCAUAAGCAUCAACAAUCCUCACUUGUCUGCCUCGGAGGCCCGUGCACUGCAGUUCUGCACAGACCGAUGCAGAAAUAACAACGCUUUCAAUUGGCUCAGGUGGAGACCCGACCGCAUCGACCAGGGUUAUAGUUUCUGCUGCACAGUCGCUGAUUUCAGGAGACGCAUUAACCACUUACCUUCUUUCACCGUGAACGGCCUUCUCUCAUAAACUUGUGAAAAUGUGGACGGAAAUAAUUAUUUUAUAACAGCUGUUAUUAAUUUUAAUUUCUCCUGUAUAUAUUUAUAUUGUGA